GUAGCAACAGUGAAAACUUCAUUCAUUCAUUCAUUUCUGUUUUGUUCAUAUCGAAAUUCAAAAUCGAACAACUUUUUGGCAGAAACUGAUUACAAAAUUGUAAAUAAACAAAUUCAUGCGAUUAUAAAUAUUAGAUCAGCACUAAUGGUUUCGAACUAAAUUACAAACAACAAAACUAAAAGCAAUAAAAAUCGCAAUUACGACAAAAAAAGAAAUUCGUGAAAAAUAAACAAAGAAGUUUGUGCAAUAAAAGCAAAAUUUGAUUUUAAACCAGCGACCUCGGCUGUUCAAAUUACACACCGAUAAAAUGUCAAGCCGCAAUAGGAAAUGUUGUUGGGAUGCCACCGAUUGGCUGCCGUCCGAAGUCAUAUAUUGGCUGAAUGUGCCCAGUUUUCCGCCGGUCUGGAGUCGUUUAAGCAAAAACAACUCGGCCAAUGUGGCGCGUUGCAGACCGGAAAGCAAAUGUGGUGUCUACGACAUCGAAAUCCCGAAUGAGCUAUGGUCACUGUGGGGUUAUCUGCAUCCGCUAAAUGAAGUCUUCAAUCCCAAAGCGUGCGACAAGCAUAGUUGGGCCUGCAACAUAGUGGCUUGCUGUGCGGCAAAACUUUAUCCAUUGGCGCAUUGGAAGCCACACCUCUUGGACAGCAUUGUGAUCAAUGGCGAUCGUUAUUAUUACAAUAGUUUGCGUAAAUACCGUGGUGAAAUCUAUCAAUUCACGCUACAUGACCUCUGUGAUACUUGCUGUUUGGACAAUUUACGCUUUAAAGUGCACACUGAAAUAUUUUCAUUUGGUGCACUUUAUGAGCAUAAUAAUUCGCCUAUUAAGAAUUUAGCCAAGAGUCUGAUUAACUUCUUUAGUCAACAUAAGGUCGGUCUACUGCAUUGUCGCCACCUGCGUGCUGUGGUCAUUGGACGUGAUAAUUGCAACGGUUGCGUUGGUGGUGAUUACUUCAUGUUUGAUUGCCAGAGCAAAGAUUAUCCACUCUUUGGCGAGGGUGACUGUAGACCCUACCUGCUGCGCUGUAAGACGCUGCAAAUGCUGCUCUACUGUAUUGUAAUGGCGCUGGAGGUGCGCUGCAAGAGAGUUCAGUUUGCAUUGCAUAAAGUUAGCAUUCGAUAUGACGGCCCAAUACUCGAAGAUCAGGAUGAGAAUGAAUUAAAGAAAUUGCAACGAGUCAUCGUAAGUAGAAAGGAGAAACCUGUAAACGCGGGUAUUUCGCGAAUUCGAAAUAUUUGCAAGAGCAUACAGUGUCCGAAAAGAUGAAAAACAUAUUUAAUUGCGACAUAAAGCAACAUCUAAAUCCGCGUCACGCCGAUUUAAACCAAAAAAAAAAACGGUACUAUUGAAAACAAAUACAUUUAAACAAUAUUAUGUACAGGGCUAUGACGUAGAUCUACAUAACUUUAAUUGGCAGUUAAAUGUCCAGCUGAGUUGAGAUAUGAAGAGCUGAUGAUUACGCCUAAAAGACUUUGGUAAAAUCUAUGAAGAGUCCUUAAAAAUACCUGCGCGUUAUUCCUCUGAAAGCUUUGUGUUUCAGUUGCAAAUAUUCAUAAAGAAAUGAGUUUGUCUGCUGAGCCAUUUAAACUUCAAAACGAUAAUCGUACAGGGUUUAAAUCUGUCAUGUAUUCACCACCAGCUCUGGUUUCGGACUCUAGACUACUGUAAAGUUUUUAAAGCCGACGAUGGAAGCCCCAUUAAGGCAGCAAUAGAAACACGUUUACCAAAAAAUAUCUCACUCGUAAUUUCAUUAUUAACGGCUCAGGGGCGGUUGGCAGCUUUAUUGUUUACUUGAAAGUUACUAUUGAAUAACUGACCUUUAGUACUUUAGCUGCGUCAAUACUUUCCUCAUCGCAAAGUCCUGCUAGUUCCAGCUUCUUGCACUCAACAAUGUUUGUCAGGAUCUAGCUAAUAGAAUAAUAUAUGUUCAGACUGCUCGUUACCGAAUUGGAACCCAUUUACUCCUGUGUUUCCACUCAUUUAGGCAUCCUGUAAGACUAUUUGGCAGCAAACAGAGUCAACUUAACAGUUUUUUGAUGACCUCAAGAUGUUUCGAUGAUAUAAACCACAUAUUCAGGAAUUUUAUAUAAUGUCGUGCCCCACUGAGGCUUGUAUUGUAAUUGGGAAUCCUUCCUAUUGGGACUCCAACUGUACCCUCUGAAAUCAUUGAAGUAAUCAUCACCUCAUUCCAGUUUAUAUAUUUUUUUGGAGUUUGAGUUUCACAGUUUCAACUAUUAAAGAAAACAAUACUGUUGCGACAUAAUCGCGUUUUAUAAUAGCAACAUAAAUUCCUAAAAGUCUCACUUCUAGACACUCUCAGCUCAACCUAACCUUACAAAUAAAUAACUAUUUUUCAAUUCAAUGGUAA